UGUGGCGCACGUCCGUUCCUUGGCUAUGGACGUCAGGCUUGUCGUCCCUGUUGUUAGUUGGCUGGUCAUACUAAUAUCACUUGUUGGUUGGUCAAACGGUCAGGGCACCACACUUUGUUCCAAGCCAGCAGAUGUUGGGAUCGUACUCGACGCCUCUGGAAGCAUUGGAAAGAAAAGAUGGAAGCAAGUCGUACGGUUCACGCAGACUUUAGUUAAUGCCUUUAACGUGUCCGACAAGGGCUCUCAUGUUGCUGUUCUCCUGUAUGCAACAAAGACUAAAAUCGAAGUUGGUUUUAAUACAUUUUCGGGAGAUGAUUGGACGCCAGACAACAUCAAUCAGCGAAUAGCCGCUGUCAAUUAUAAUGACUGGAAAGGAUUGACGUACAUUGACCGAGGUCUCAAGAAAGCAAACGAGGAGCUUUUUACUUACGAGAAUGGAAUGAGAAGAGAUAAAAAAAUAGAGAAGAUUUUGAUUCUGUUCACGGAUGGCAAACAAACUAAGAAUAGGGACCCUUACACAGAACUCAAGGACGCAGCCCGACCACUCAAAGAUAAAGGAAUAGACAUUUAUGCACUAGCUGUUGGCACUCCAGAAAAGAUCGAUGUACCAGAGUUACGAGGCAUGGCAAGCAAAGCUGAAAACGUAUAUACCGCGAAGACGUUUGACGAACUCGAACCUCUCGCUAUACGAAUAACACAGGCAACUUGCGAUAUCCAGCUUAGAUCGGUAAGUAUAGACUGAUAAAUAAUUGAAACGAUAUUCUUUGUGAAUGUGCAUUUUGUUAUACGUUUUGUCAGCCUGUGGAAGAAGAUUCCAUCCUAAUGGUUGAAAAUACUUUCAUCCAUUUGUAAAGAAUUGUAAAGAUAUAACGUGGUGGAAAAUACCCGAUGAUAUCGAAUUAUGAUUUAUUGCUUUUAUUAAUCAUAUUUAUGUAUACCCACCACUUAUUUAUAAUUAUAUAUUUGCCAUGGUAUGGAAUUGAUGACAGAUUGCUUAUGAAUUGCACUAGGAAAGAAAUGGUGAGCUUUGAACUCUGUAAAUUUGACGUAAAUAUCAUGUAAACUUUCUUUUCAAGACAUUUACAGGAUAAUUACAUGAAUUUUGCAGGGUUGAAAGCGCGCUUUUUUGUUUGUUUGUUUGUUUGUUUGUUUKUUUUUUUUUUUUUCUCAUUUAAUUUAACGUUUGAUUUACCGACUUUGCAGGAUUUUCUCUGAGCUCUUCCCAAUGCCAACCUCUAUCUUUUCUCUCUAUUCAAUUCCUCGUCUUUUUCCCCUAUUUUUUCUUAAUCUUUCCCGAUCUUGUGUACAUAGACAUGCAUUUUAGUUGUUAAAAGUUUUAAUUCGCCAUGCAUUGUAUUCCUUGUUAUUCAUUUGCUUUUAAUUGCAAUACUUGUGCACUCAAUGAGGUGCGAUUAAAUGGGAUGAGAUGGGAAGUGAAAUAGAAUGAUAUGUGAUAUGAUAAAACUAGGGAUAUGAUGAUAUGAUGUAAUGAGUUCAUCUGAUAUGAUGUGAUAUGCUAUGUCGUUGCGAUGCACCAGCCUGGAAUGUGAUGUGAUGGUAUUCUUUGAGAAGCGAAUAUCUCCGGAUGCGACGUUCAGGGGAGUCGAUUCAAGUCUCAAGUUCUCAAGGAAGCCGAUGAGAUAUGCUGCACUAUAUGUUGCCUGUAUGAAAUAUACAUUGACUUAAAAUUUACCACUUGAAUAAAGGUCAAUAUAUCAAAUUUAAAAAGUAUUUAUUUUCCUGCAAAACCGCAAUCAAUGCUUUUUUAACAACCAGUCACAUAAUUCUUAAUCUCUCGUUGUCUUCUGCUUGAAUUUAACAGACAUAUCCACAUUCGUAUUCGAUUUUUUAUACCGCAGUAAGUGACAGAAACACUGCAAACCUCUGAGGGCUCAGAUGCACUCGCGUACCAAUAGUAACUGAGUAUUGUUCUUGAGUGUUUUUGAAUUGCUGUGUGACUCUUUAAAGACGCAAUUUUAAGUCCUAAUUGCUUAUGUCUUCAAGUUGUGAUUAUAUGAGACUCAAUUCUCAUUCAAUUCUCGAUAUAUUCAGAAUUCCUUCAUAAGGUCAGACACACGUAAUAGUUUAGGGAACUGUGUCUGGGGCACAAGACUGAUUGAAAUGAGUACGGGGCGUGUCUUUUACCUACAAUUACUGUUGCGUUUGUAGCCCCAAGGGAAACUCGCGAAAACGGACGAUAGAUUCUUUAAUUCAAAACGGAUAGCUUACACACGACAAAAAAAUCAGCUCUUUAAGUUAGGCCCAACCCACAUGUAGUUUGCUGCCGCAAAUUUUGUUUAUGAGCAUAAUAGUUUCAUCACAUGUGAAAUUCGACGUAUGUGAGACCUGACUUUAGAUCUGGCAUUUUUAGAGCAAAAGAGCCACUGAGUGAAUAAUGAUGAUAAAAUGAUUAACGACUAGGAUAAAUUGAAAUCUAUUUGUAGCUCUAUAAACUAAAAAUUGAAAUCUUCUUUAAUUGCAACUUUUGCCGAUAGAACAGAGAGCCCGCGGUAUCAAUCAGGCCAACAAACUGCCACCUUAAAAAUGUACCGAUUUCAAUUAAGGUAUUCAAGGUGAUUAUAAGAAAAUACCUCAUCUAUCAUGUGGGUGUAGAAAUUAUGAAGAUCUCCUGCCCUUUUAUCAGUGCUGAAAAUAUUAACAAAGUAUUACGAAUAUAUGUAUAUUCCAGUGCACUAGUUUGGAUAUUGUCAAGAUGGGAUUCUUGAAGACCAGCUGAUCGAAAGGUGACUCAAGUUUAUUUCAAACCUCUUAAAACCUUUGAUUUAAAGCAAUAAAUCAAAUGUCUUAUURCCCAUUCCGAUAUUGUCCUACUUAAAUCUACGAGUAGAGCAACGAGUGUAACAGAUACCUUUGAAAUGUAUCAUCAAGCCAAAGACUCCCAGAAAUCAUACAUCUAUGAAACGCAUACGCAGAGGCCGCGAGCAAAUACCGCUGAAAAAUAACAACAUCAAUCACCCGUGCGCAUCAAUCACCCGUACUCCCAUGAUCGUCUGGAAAGAUACCUAAGCAUGGUCCAAAACAGUUAAAAUGGUUUGCGCUAAAAGAACAACACGUCAAUUAACCUUUUGUACGAUGCUGCUUUUUCUUAAGAAAAGAGAAAAAAAAACAACGAAAAGUAAGUAUAUUUGCUUUCAUCACUAAACAAAAACAAAAAAAAUCUGAUGACUUAAUGUAUCCCGGCGGUAAAUUCUAAUAAAGAUUGUAUUUGAUUUGUUUAACCGCAUCUUCAGUCGCGACUUAACACGUGGCCGCUUAAACAAAUGAAAACUUGCUAAUCAAUCUUUGACAGGGAUUAUUUAUACCAGAUUUAGGCAGUUUUAUUUGACAGUCGGGACGGUCUUCAACCAAUUAGCCAUAGAGGACGAAGCCAGAGUGCGCGCCCACGGUAAAGUAAUUAAAACUGGAUGAAUAAAAUGAAUCCGGCAAUAUCAGUAUUUUACUUCAUUAUGUAACUGAUGAUAAAAAUUAUGAAUUCCUAUUAUUGCUUUUCAAUGUGAAAUACAUUGUGGCGUACUGCGUACUGCCAGUCAUGUAACUUCACCGACGGUCAAAGGCGGAGCCAUCAACGCGAUUAUUCGGUAUCUUUAAUUUCUAAUAAUAACGUUUUAAUUUUUUUCCAAAUGUUUUUUUUCUUUUCAUAUGACGUUUAUUUUUUGCAAUUACACUGUAUUCAUUUACAAUUAAUAAAAACAUAUCGCCUCUUAUGUUUGUUGAACGUUUUUGAGAAAACAAACAUGUCUUAUGUUUUUGUCAGAAAGCUAGAUUUAUUACUUCGUCUUUCGGUUUUAUUUGGAAGCCAGAAUACUGUGUCAAAUAUAAUUGGACCGGCUAAGUAAAGAGCUUGUAAUAGGUUAUUAGAGAGAGGAUGCAUAAAAAGGCAGCGAAUAUUCGAAUCUUAGUCAGUUUCAGUGCUAAACGUUCGUCCACAGAGCUGCAUCAAGCAUGUCGUCUUCUUCUUGCAUGUUCUCUUUCCUGUUGCUGGUCUUGUUUAUGGACUUCGUUGGAACUGUGUCGUCGGUAUGUCUGAUACUAUACAAUCAUUUUAUUUACAGKUAUUUCUUAAAACGUUGAAUAAUGAAGAUACUAGUAUUUUUCAAGACGGAAAUACAUUAUUGGACUUUCUAUUGCCAUUGAAAAUGAGUUUUUGUUGACCAUUCCAGCUCCGUACAGUCAGAAACUUCAAUGGAAAGCAAAAAAAMGUUUUUAAUUUUAACUUCCAAACAUAGCUAACGUUAAGUUUGAUUACGCAUUGCGGUCUUGAAAUGCACUAUCCAAUAUACCAUGUAGAGUUCAAGUUAACGUCUCGAAUUCAACUCCUUGAUAUAAUUUUCAUCUUUCUAAAUACAUAACUAAUAUGCAUUUUACGACACAUUGAUUUAGAUAACAGAAUUUCAUAAUUUAGUAAUGUUUUCAUGUUUUCAAAUAUCAAACUGUAAAGAUGACCAAUGAUAGUUGUAAUUUGUUUCAAGGACUACACUUUUCCAGGCAAGGACCUCACUGGCGAAAAUCCUCUUCUCAACGCUUACUGUAGGAGGUGUAAUACGUGCCACGAUCCAAUGUACUGCUCAGCUUACUAUGCAUGUGAAUAUGACCACGUAUCGUAUCAUACCUGCUCCAAAUUCAAAAAUGUCACCGAUGGGUGCUGUCCAAAAUGUGACUGCUACCACAAUGGAAAGGAAAUGCCAAUAGGUUCGAGCUGGGUGGCUGAAGACAGACUAUUCGAUCGCAGGUAUAGGUGGAACUGUGGAAAUGACAGAAUUGCUUACGCUAGUGAAAUAAGUUGUCCGUUUUGUGAUGGGGACGAAGUACCUCAGCCUGGCCAAGUCUGUGGUAAAUGCGUACCGAAAAAGUGUAAGAUCGACGGAAUUGUCUACAAUGCCAAUGAUACCAUCUUCAUUUCAAAUGAUUUGCCUCAAGGUGAUAACCCCAUGUUUACGUGCAAGGUAUGUAAGUGUUCUGGUCGACAUGGURCACCGCGUGAUUGUAUCCGAGAAAGGAUUUGCUUUAUUCCGCCAUCGAAAUACGUUCCCCGAUGUUCUAAAUACAAGGCAGUCCCUGGUAAAUGCUGUCCAGUAUGUGAUUGCUACCACAAUGGAAAGACUAUGCCAAAAGGCUCCAGCUGGUUCGUCAAACAUGGCUUUGGGUGUUCAAAAUGUACAUGUAGUAAUGAUGGAAUCGCAAAAUGUGGAAUUGCCUUUCCCUGUCUGCCAUGCCCUCCGGGAAUGUUGGAAAUACAAGUUCCUGGACAAUGCUGUUCUAAAUGCAUUUUGCCACCUAGUUUCCCGCCACUACCACCACACACACCACCAAGAUAAGGGCUAAGAUCACCUGAAGCCCUAUCCUAUUGGUAUAAAAUAUCCGGGACAUAUCAAAUAAUUGGGAUAAAAUGGAAUAAAAAUAGACUUGGGA